AGACGUGAACAAAGUCAAUUAAUAUAUAUUUAUAUAUACGAAACAACAUGAACAAUUUCGAAAACGCAUACAUCAGAAGACAGACGUUACUUCAGAUUUCAGUAUAUUCCAUGAUGGUAGGUUUUGUACCAUCUUUGGUCAGUCCAAAGAUUAAGAGUCAGGAAACACAAAAGCCAAUUUUCGCCAGCUUUAUUUUGUUCCUAAUCAAUAUGACGCUUAUGAUAUUGGUGACAGUGGGCUUGGUCAUCUUAUUCAGUUUUGUGUAAGAUUGGAUUAAAGCAGAUAAAAAAAUCUCAUCUUGCUUUGCAGGCCAAGUAUUACUCGGUUUUUCAUGGAACACUCCUAUCUGGCGUAUAUUAUUAUGUCUGUAGCCACCAUUCCAUUACUUCUAGUUACAUUGGUGAGAGAAAUUCGAUUGAACUUUUUCGCAGUUCAUAUAUUAAUUUGGGUUAUGGUUAUAUCGUGGUCUGUGAUCGUCGCUGCUGUGUACUCACCAGUUGACUUGAAAUACGGUUUGAUAGCUUUAGCCGUGACAAUACUUUUUACUCUUGGGGUCGUCUUGGUGGCUAUGAAACUGCCUCAAUUGAGUGAAAAGGGGUUCAACGUGCUUUUGGCAAUAUCAGCCGUCCUUGGGGUUUUAGCUGUCGUUGUAAGGAUAUCUUGUUACUCGAUGAAUAAACUAAAAGAGGGUUUGAUAUUCUGCAAACUGCUAGCAGUUCCAGUUGUGUUAUUCAUACAUUCGGUGAUGUUUAUUUGUGUCAAUGUCCGAAGGUGGAUAAUGUGGUGGUUUACGCCCAACACCAUAGACGUUAUUCUUGCCUCCAUCAUUUGGUGUCACAUGAUAAGCUUAUUUGCACAAAUUUACUCCAGUCUGAUAUAAUGUGAAAAAACAAAUAGUGAUUCGUGGAAUCGCUGUCGAGCUGUUUUCGUCGAGCAAGCAUCAUCAUUUUAUUGUUACCGAAAUUUUCGCUUAUUCAUAACUGAGUUUACUUUCGAUUUAACUUGUGCUCGCGUCUUUUGUACACUGAAUAACGUGAUUUUCAUAAGUAUUAAAUGCACAAAUAUGAACUAAAUUAUCACCUGCGAAUCUGCACUCAUGUCCGAUUGCUUUUCAAAUGUUUGUGUGCUAAAAUGAUGUAUAUUUCAAAAUGUCUUCUGAUGAUACAACCAGAAUUUGAAUCCUUAUUUCUAAUUCUCAGCAUCAAAAACGCCCUGUCAGUUUGUGAAGAUGCUUCCAAAGUAAAAUUGUGCG